AUGGACGUCGUGGGCUCGUCAUGCAGCGGCGGCAACCUGAAGCAGCUGGACCGCCGCCAUCCUCACCUCGUCCCCUCGUCAUGGUCAUUCGCCGCCUCUGAGCCCGCCGGUUGUCGCUCUCCAAGAACCGAGAACGGAGGCAGCGCCGCCAUGGCGGGGAAGAAAAAGAUCGCCGAGUCCCUCGGUGGAAGCAAUGAGGGACGGGGCAAGGCGACCUCCUCCCUCUUGUGGAAUGACGUCACCUCCUUCUCCGACUCUCCUCCUUCGGGGAUACACAGCAGCUCCAGCAUCGAGGUCGCAUUUCUUUCUUUCUCUCUCUCUCUCUCUCAUCGUCAGAAACUGUGUAUCCUCUUCCGUUUUCUUGUUGCCCCCUGUUGAUGCCCUUCAAACGGAUUUUCUUGCCGGUUCUUACUGCUGUUUCCUAUCCGGCAUUCCUGGGGAUCUUCAGAGGCGGCGCGGAGAAGAGAGCAAGAAGGCGACGUCGUCUGAAGCGGGACGGCGGAGAUGGAAUGGACCCGAUCGGCUAGAAUUCCAGCGAGAGGAUUCAGAUUCGCCGUUGCUGAGGAGAAGAGCCAACGGUAGCUCCUCCCCUCGCGCUCGAGAUUUCUCUGCCUCCGAGUUACCUCUCUGAAUCGUUUCUCUGGAUUCGCUAUGAAAGAUGCGGAGAGUGCCUCCAAGUCUUGGAGCCACCGCAGCUCCGAUUACGAGGGUCGGCAAUCCGUCGUCUCCUCGGAGUACUUGUCUUGCGACUCAUCUCUUACCGACGCCGGCGACGGGGAAGAAGAAGAAGAAGAAGAGCAAGGGAGAGAACGCAGAUAUAGCGGAGCAGCCAACCUUUCCUCAGGUCUCUAAGCGGAAUCUUCUCUUUGACUGACAACGGCGAUGGUUUCUACCUGCUGAAGGUUUCCAUGGUAUCGAACGUUUUACAGGCGGCAAUGGGGAUCAGAAUCACUGCUCCAUCGACGAGGAUCUCCAAUGGGAGGGCCCAAGGAACAGCAGACCAGCCGUCUGCUCUCUCUCCUCAGAGGACGCGAGGAUCAUAGUCGAGGCUCGGCUCGCGCAGUGGCAGGAAGCCAGAACAGCCAAGCUCAAGAACAAGUAA